AAUAGUGGAAAGUAACCUCGUCUAUAACUUCCGCCUUCAACCGUUUGUGAUCAGAAAUGUGUUUUUACCAUUUUUACACGAAAAACACGCACUUUGAUAUCGGCGGUAUCAGGUGUUAACGUUAUUGGUGUACACAAGCCAUCUCAAACCGAGACCCAUGAGCCUGAGACGGAGGCAUGAGAACUGUAGUGUGCCCCUGCAUGCACAACAACAACAACACUAAUUUUCUUAUUUUCCUACCGACAAGAACUGAAAUGUUAUUUUCAAGGACAAAUAAAGCAACCAAGAUAACAUGAUCAGAGGAUGCUCAUAGACAAGAACAUUUACGACGUGCCAUAAUACCAUCUACUCCUCGGUUGUCCACAAACUAACUCUACUGAAUGGUUCAUUUAGUCUCCUGGGGAUGGCUGCCGACACCAACAUCUUCACCGAUAAGCAGACCAAUAACUGGUUCAAAGCGUGCAUUGCCCUCAAUUUGACAAAGGAUGGAUUGACUGACCUUGUUGUGACGGAAUUAUUAAACGUCCAAACAAAAGUUGGUAGAAGUUGUGGACAAUGCUUUAUUCAAAAUCUUAUACCGUGUCCAACUCAGGACGUGUGUAAAAAGAGGAAAAGAAACAACUGUUCUUUCCACAAUUCACAACAACCAAAGUCAUGCCAAACAUGUGAUAAAGUGAAACAAAAUAUCACAUUGUUACACAGAUUUAAAGGUCCUAGUUGGGCAAACACUAAAGCUGAAUUAUGGGCGACGGAUCCGUGGGAAAUCGGUAAAUGCUACCUCCCACGGGACGGAUAUAGCAGCGUAUCAUCUGUGCAAGAAUCUGACGUCAAUGGUGUGGUUAGCAUUGUGUUGAACUGCACACAUUUCCAGACAUGCCUCUCCGCCGCAUGUCUAUCACCGCCACCACCUGAUAAGCAAUGCCCGCUAGAAAAGGUCCGACAAAUAGGCCGAGAUGUACGCCAUACUGCCGACUGCAAGGUUACAGAUGCUGAUCUGCAGUACUUCUUUCUGACACUGACCACCCUACUAGCGGAUCCAGUCCACUUAUUGCAUGAUACCUCAGCGACAGAAGCGCGCGUAAAACUCAGUGAUUUGCAGAAUGAUCGUCUUUCACUUGUUGAUUUGGGCAAGAUGUUGAAAGAAGCAAAUCAGACCCUCACACAUGCAAAAGAGGCCGGAGAACGUUUUUCCGAAGAGGCUGAAAGGACCCUGAAAGAAGGACUGAAUACCUUAGAAGCUAAAAUACAGGCUGGGAAAGAACGCCUUGAAAACAAAACACAAACUAGUGAACAACGAAUUGAAAAAAAGGCACAUUCUGGUGAACAACGCAUUGAAAACAAGACACAGGCUGGAGAACAACGCAUUGAAAACAAGACACAGGCUGGAGAACAACGCAUUGAAAACAAGACACAGUGUGGAGAGCAAAGCAUUGAAAACAAGACACAGGCUGGAGAACAAAGCAUUACAAACAAAGCACAGGCUGGAGAACAACGCAUUGAAAACAAGACACAGGCUGGGGAACAGAGCAUUGAAAACAAGACACAGGCUGGAGAACAAAACAUUGAAAACAAAGCACAGGCUGGGGAACAGAGCAUUGCACACAAGACACAUGCUGGAGAACAAAGCAUUGAAAUCAAAACACAGGCUGGAGAACAAUGCAUUGAAAACAAGACAAAGGCUGGCGAACAAAGCAUUGAAAACAAGACACAGGAAAGCAUCAACCGCAUAAAUCAAGCAGAGUUUGGAAAGGAGCUAGACGAAUACGAGCGUGGUGUAACAGAUUUUCGCGACCGGUUGAUAAAGUUCUAUACGACGACGAAGAAAACUGUGCCUGUUUCACCACUAAGUGAGGGUCGUGACAAACCCAUCUCGGAUGUCUUUGUGCAACCGAAAUUGAGCCACGUUACAAUAGAGAAAGAUGGAUCUAGAAAGAAAACGGGAAACCCGGUUAACCAAUACAAAGCCUUACUUUAUAUAGACGAAAAGCUAAGUAGCCGUGUAUUUGUUCAAGGAGAACCGGGGAUGGGGAAAACUACAUUCCUCACUAAACUGGCUCUUGACUGGUGUGAUGCAGUGUCUGAGCACAAUCCUGAUCACAGGCCUACAUUUAGUGAUGUCGAAACAUUGAAGGAAUUCCGGUUUCUCUUUCAAAUAUCACUACGAGAUGCAAGGGACCAACGGGAGGUUAUAGAGAUGAUUAAAACACAAAUUAUCGACAUGAUAUACCCUGGUGAAGUAAAACGUGAAGAGACCGUUAAGCUUUUACCACAUAUCCUAGAACGAGAGACGUACAUCGUUUCUAUGGAUGGGCUUAAUGAAUGGGUUGAUCGUUUAAAUCAAUUUGUUAUACCGUUACUUGCACAAUGGCAUUCAAAGUGUGUGUCCAUUAUUACAUCACGGCCAUGGAAAAUGGCGGAUGAGCGAAUCAAAGAUUCUGAAAUAAAAAAAAUAAUAGAAGUUGAAGGAAUAAUUGAUACAGAAGAACUAGCAAAUAAAGUUAUAAACAGUCUUCAAACUGGUAAUGUGAAGACAACCCCUGAAUUCAUGAAGUACGUGAACGAACGUCAAUUUGGGAAUUUGUUGAAGUCACCCUGGCUGCAAACUCUGUUAGUCAAUUGUUGGAUGAACAAGACGGAAUUGAGUGGCUCCUUGUGUGAAAUAAAUUGUAUUUUACUAGACACACUUUUUAAAAAUGCACGUGCAAAAAAGGGAUAUUUUCAAAAAGGAAAAUCGUUUCAGUGUUUAACAAAUACAAGUUUUAUUCAGCGGCAGAUCAAUAUUUUUGAUGCACUUGCGAAUGUUGCAUUUGAUUUUACGUUUUCAUCGAGUAAAUCUCCAGUGUUCACCGAACGGGGAGUAUUGAAUCACAUGUCAGAAAAGCAGUUGAAUUUUUGUCUUCAUGCUGGUGUUUUUACGAAAAGAUACAGCUCCAAUAUAGCAGGUCAGAAUGCACAGUUUUCAUUUUUACACGAGACUUUACAGGAAUUUAUGACUGCCUAUCAUAUCGCAAAUUCCAAGCAGGACCUUAAAAAACAGUUCCGAACCGGAUCUAAAUAUAAUGUUUUAGAGAUGAGCCAGACCAUAAUUUAUCUAUGUGGACUCGACUGUAAAAAAGCUAAUACUCUUAUUAAUUGUCUGGUUGACGACGAGUUCCUCAAAGCCAUAAGCCACGGAGUGCGCAUGUACAUUAUGGGAUUUUAUAAUCAGGAAAACUUAUUAGCAUUUCAGGACGACAAUGGCACAAGAAGGAACGUUUUAAAAUCAAAUAAUGAUAACAUGGAUUACGGCGCACGUUGCGUCGCACUAUCAGUCUUGUUCCAGCGCAUGAUCAUUGCUGGAUGCAUAGAAGCAACUGCCAGCGGUGAAAAGGAAAUUUGCUUGAAUUGUAGAGACUUCAUAUUCAAUCAGAAUCUAUCUGAGUCCGAUUCAAAUGCGUUAGAACGGCUUUUAUUGUACAACUGUGCAGAUGUGCGGUCACUUAUUGUAGAAAGUAAUUGUCUACAAAUAAGCGAAAUAUUGACAGUCAUACUCAAAUCCAAACAUUGUCUUACACGUGUUAAGAUAACAAUGACACCGGAAAUAAGUAAAGCAUUACAUCAUACGAGCAUACAGGAGCUGAACUGUAUCGGACAAUUUGACGUAUCAUCAUGUUCCUAUGUUCUGCCGUCCCUGUCUCAAUUAACAUAUUUGAGAAUAGAAGACACAAGCUUUUUGCAAGAUAUAUCUCUUCCUGAAACAAUACAAACCAUUUUCUUGUCGAAAUGCGAAUGUUCAUCUGAAUGGCUGUGCACCUUGUUGAUCACGCUCUCUUCAUUAGAUCAUCCUGUCGAGUGUGAGCUGUGGGAUGUUGUAUUGCAGUUAAGUGAAGACAUCCGUGGAGACGAAGCGCAUACACAUAUAUCGGACUUGCGAUCUGAAAUACUGUCACAUGACCUGUCAAACAUUGAGUUAUUCGUGAAAAAUGGCAGUAAGGAACUGUUUGAACUAUUACGUGAUACUAGUAUUAGGAUCCUUAAACUGAUGACGGAUAAUUGUGCCUCAUUAGCAUCCGAGAUUCUUCACACGCUGAAUAAGCUAACUGAGCUUUAUUUGCUGGGAACCUAUACGGGUAGAUGUGAUCUGAGACUGCCUGUGUCAUUGCAGUGUAUAAGUCUGCCGGAAGAUCAUCCUGUCAAGUGUGAGCUGUGUGAUGCAUUGCAGUCAAGUGAAGACAUCCGUGGAGACGAAGCGCUCAAGUGA